GGAAAGCACAGACGUCGUACAAAGAAUAAACACAAGAAAAAAUCGAAAACGAAGGAGUCGGAGGACGGUGUGAUGGAAUCUAGCGAGAAAAAACAUAAAUCGAAAAAGAAAAGUCGACAAAAGAAUGGUAAAACUCGCCAAAAAGCGGAGGGAACUGGGGCGGACUAUGAAGCAUUUUAG